AUGAAGCUUACCACGCCACAUGCGCAAUGGGCCUCGUUCGUCAUUCUUGCGCCGCCGACCGUCCUGGCGGCAGUGCGCCCGCCCUUCAUCAAUCCGGAUUCCCUCCCCAAAGAGCCCGUCUUUAGAGGUCCUUGGGAGCGAUAUGUGAAGGCACCAGAAGAUAAGACUUACAUCGUCCCGUCCCGCAUCUGGGAUGUCGAGGGCAACAUCACGACAUCCCACCGGCCAGUGGAAGUUGGGGCGGCCGCGGCGCAUAUCUUGGAACACGGCGUCACAAUCGGUCCCGGCGGCUUGCUGACGCUGGAAUUCGAGGAAAACAUCUCUGGACGCGUCUGUUUCGAUGUUUCCUCUACCGGCAACGACCCCGAGAUCUUCCUAGCAUACUCCGAGUCCUCCCUGUUCGCCGGACCGCUCCCGGACACCACGACUGAGCAACGGGAACGAGACCUGCCCCUACAUUUCGAGUUCGACGGGAAUACCGGCACCGUAUGCGUGGGGAAAGACUUUAUAAGGGGUGCCUUCAAGUACCUCACUUUGCAAAUGCCGGAAUAUCCAGUUCUGCCAGAUGAAGUAAUUGUAAGGCAAGCUAGAGAUGAACAGGCCGUACUGGGAGGCGAUCAGGCGCCUUUGGACCCUGCCGAAAGGAACCCGUAUGACAAGCCGUGGGUGACGCUUAAGGGUCUCUGGGUGAACUGCACCGCAUUUCCUUCCCAGUCCAACGGUCGGGCCUACUCAGGAUACUUCCACAGCUCUAGCAACAUGCUUAAUCGGAUCUGGUACGCUGGUGCAUACACACUUCAGCUGUCUACCAUCGACCCCAAGGAAGGAUCAGCAAUCAUCGACUACAACCGUAACGUUGACCACAACGAAUCUCCGACUGGGUCUUGGUACUCCAAUUUCACCGUCGCGAACGGGACAGCGGUAACGACGGACGGUGCAAAGCGCGACCGCAUCGUCUGGCCAGGCGACAUGUACAUUGCCGUGCCGGGAAUCGCCAUGAGUACAUACGACAUGGUUGCGGUGCGCAAUGCUCUCGAUGUGAUCUAUGAUCACCAGUAUCAAGACGGCUCACUGCCGUGGGCGGGUCCCCCCCUGGGGUUUCGCGGAGAGUUUAGUGACACUUACCACUUACACACUCUGCUGGGCACGUACAACUAUGUCAAAUUUUCUGGAGAUGUGGAGUGGCUUGCAAAGCGCUGGCCAAAUUACCUUAAGGCUCUCAAUGUAAGCAUCGACAAGGUCGACCAUACCGGUCUUAUGCACGUCACUAGCGGCGCCGACUGGCUGCGCCCCGGCAUGACAGGCCAUAAUCUCGAAGCCAGCGCCAUCCUUAGCACGGUCUUGGGUAAGAGCGUCAAAUUGGCCAAAUGGCUCGGAGACGACAGCCCAGCGGCGCGGCCUCAUGGAGUAUGGACAGGACUGCGUAUCGUCAUGAACGCCGGACUCCAACAGCUGUUCUGCAAAGACACGGGCCUUUACUCGGACAACAUCGGCAGACGAAGCUGUAGGGGUCCAGAGCAUACCGACCCCCAGGACGGCAAUAGCUGGGCCCUCAUCUCAGGUGCAACACACUACUCUCGGGGGUUGGAAGUCUCUCGAAACCUACAGGCGCGGUGGACCAAGCAUGGCGCCCCUGCCGUCGAGUUUCCCAACGUCAUUUCGCCAUUUGUAUCUUCAUUCGAGCUCCUCGCACACUCCGCCGCCGACAACCACGAUGCGGCCGUGGAGCUGAUGCUACUUGAGUGGUCCUACUUGCUCGAAGGACCCGGAUUCACAAACUCGACGCUUGCUGAGGGAUUCCGCGUUGACGGCGGCAUACAGUACCCUGCGUAUUGGUCUGCUGCUCGCAAUUCUCACUGCCAUGGCUGGUCUUCGGGUCCUACGUCGGUGCUUACUAGCGAGAUUCUGGGUAUUCAACUCCUGGCUCCAGCAGGGACGGAAUGGACUGUUCGGCCGCAUCUAACGAAGUGGCUCGGCUUUGCCAGAGGCGGUUUCGCAACAACUCAAGGGGUUUUUGAAGUUAAGUUGAGCCGUGUGGUGACGUCCACAUCUUCAUCGGCCAGCUACCAACAAAAGAGGCGCCGCGGGCAGAUCAUUGAGAUCACCGCACCAGAGCGCACUACCGGUACAUUCGAGUGGGUUCCGUCUUCCACAAAGAUAGACGUCGAAGGAGGUCGGACGACGGCGUGGGUUGCCUGGGAGGACGACGGGCAGACACCCGGUUCGAAGGGCGUUGUAGAGCAACUCGACGUUGCCCUGGCCCGCGUCGAUCCCCCGAGCGAGGAGGAGUGGCACAGGCAGAGCUUCAUCUACCGCGACGACACACGGUUAGUCUACGACGAGUCGUUCCGUGAACCCGAGGUCGCCGAUCGGGAGGCCGGUGUGGUAGACUGGGAUGCGCUGGAAGCAAACUACGUCAAACCCCUGACGGAGAUGUUUUAG